AUGCUGCUGCCCAUGGAGCUUUCUGUUGUGGAAGUAGAAGGGACAGGUUUCAAGCUGUUUUCAGGUCCAGAAUUUAUUAUUUUGUCUAGUGAACCACCAGUGACCUUACAGCUGCCUGGAUCAAUUGUGACUAAAAAAGGGAAAUCCUAUUUGUCCCAAAGGGAUCUCAACGUGAUUCUACUCAACGGGCAGUGCCUUGAGGUGCAAUGUGACAUCAAGUCCAAGGCAAGAGAUGUUUUCAACACUGUGGUGGCAUAUGCAAACUUGGUGGAACAUUUCUACUUUGGCUUGGCUUACCUGAAAGGUAAAGAGUUCUUCUUUUUGGAUGAGGAGACCAAACUCUACAAAGUGGCCCCAGAUGGCUGGAAUGACCAACCCAAGAAGAAAACGUCCAUCAUUAACUUCACACUCUUUCUAAGGAUAAAAUUCUUUGUCAACCACUUUAAUGUUAUCCAGCACGGCUUGACAAGACAUCAGUUUUACCUGCAGCUUCGUAAAGAUAUUUUGGAGGAGCGAUUAUAUUGCAAUGACGAGACUGCCCUGAAACUCGGCGCUUUGGCUUUACAGGCAGAGCUUGGCAAUUAUACUUCUGAGAUGCAUGGAAAGAGCUAUUUUCGUGUUGAAGACUACAUUCCAGCAAGCAGAAUAGAGAAAAUGACCCUGGCAUAUGUACAGCGAGAGCUGGCUAAAUUACAUCGUAUGAAUCGUUCCCUAUUUGAGGAUGAAGCUGAACUAGAAUUUCUAAAGGUGACUCAGCAACUUCCUGAAUAUGGAGUGUUAUUCUAUCGUGUGUCCCAAGAGAAGAAGGCAGCAGCAGGGGACAUCAUCCUGGGAAUCUGUGCCAAAGGCAUCAUUGUGUAUGAGGUCAAAAAUCACACAAGAAUUGCCAGUUUAAGAUUCCAGUGGCGUGAAACAGAGAGAAUUUCAGCUCAUAGAAAAAAAUUCAUGAUUGAAAGCAGCUUCAGUGGCAAGAAACACACCUUCAUUACUGAUACAGCAAAGACGUGUAAAUAUCUACUGGACCUCUGCUCUGCCCAGCAUAAAUUCAAUGCACAGAUGAAUUCUAGGCAACUUCGACAAACUUCAUCAGAGGAAAGUAAAUUUGUGGAAAUAGACAAAUCAAAUUCUGCAUAUGCAGCUCAGUGUGAACACCUUGCCCUGAUUCAGAGACUGUCUCGUUCAGAGAAUGUGCUCUAUGGAGCAAACCUGGAAAACCUUUCUGCUGGGAUGAUGAGCAAAUCUUGUGAUAACCUCAGUGUGGAAACCAACAACAGGACUAGAGACAAAAGCAAUCUUGGCAGAUCCACAUCAGGGCUAUCCCAGUCAGAAAUGCACAUCAAUCUGAAUGGAAAGCAAAGGAGUUAUGACUACCUCUCUAUCCAUUCAACUCAGAACACAAUCAGUGCACCUGGAUCACCAGCCAUCCAAAAGGAAGUUUUGCUAAGUGGUCUAGAAAGAGAAAUCAUUUGUGUCAGCCUAAAACGGGACCCUAAGAAUGGAUUUGGUUUUGUAAUUAUUGGAGGAGAAAAUGUAGGAAAAUUAGACCUCGGUAUCUUUAUCGCUUCAAUUAUCCCUGGGGGACCUGCAGACAGAGCUGGAAAUAUCAAACCAGGAGGACGACUCAUCUCUGUGAAUAAUAUUAGUCUCGAGGGCAUUUCAUUUAAUACUGCAGUUAAAAUCAUACAGAAUUCUCCUGAUGAAGUGGAGCUCAUCAUCUCUCAACCCAAAGACAUGUAUGAAGAAGGAUUAAAUGAAGAAAAGAAUUUAUCAAGAGGAAACAGCACUAGUGGAUCUGAGAUGUCUUGUGUAGACAGUGGGAGAAAAAAGAUUCAGGAUUGUCAUACAGCUCUCCCCAAAGAACAGGACAUAAAUACAGAUGAACUUGAGAAGGCUCUUUCCUGGAGUUUAGCACCAAAAUUGGGCCCUAGGAUUCCAGUUCCUCCAGCUGAUAGCCUCGAUGUGGAGGAAGCUGAUUCUUCGCACUUACCAUCUCCAUCUGAAACCAACUCAAAGGAAAUCUAUACUGUGGAGCUUGUUAAAGAAGACGGGACUUUUGGAAUCAGUGUGACUGGUGGAAUUAACACUAGUGUGCGUCACGGUGGGAUAUACGUGAAGUCAAUUAUUCCCAGGGGACCAGCAGAUAAGGACGGACAAAUAAAGAUAGGUGAUCGUCUGCUGGAAGUAGAUGGCAUCAGCCUCUGUGGCAUCACCCACAAACAGGCUGUGGAACACCUUAAGAAAUCUGGCCAGAUUGCCAAGCUGGUUCUAGAAAGGGGAAACUACCAAUUGGCAGAGCCAUGCCUGACUGCUAAUGACAGAAAAGAGGACCAAUGUGCAGUUGUUUCUGCAGCAACAUCCUUCACAGAUGGUACCAAGGACUCCUGCUUUUUGACAGAUGAUAAUACAUUUGAAGUCAGAUUGACAAAGAAUUCUGGAGGCCUCGGCUUUAGUGUUCUGCAAAUGGAAGGAGAUGCUUGCGAACACCUCGGAGGAGCUAUUGUCAGGAUCAAAAGACUGUUUCCAGGGCAGCCAGCUGAAGAGAAUGGUGAAAUUGAAGUCGGAGACAUCAUUUUAGCUGUAAAUGGGAAACCUAUUCAAGGACUCUUGUAUCAGGAUGUCCUGCACUUGUUGAGAGGAGCUCCUCCAGAAGUCACACUACUACUUUGCAGACCACCAAAAGGUGUUCUUCCAGAAAUAGAGCAGAGUGCCCUGACUCCAGCACCAUCUCCAAUUAAGGAGUUUGUGGCAGAAAUGCCAGGCAGCACAGAGGUAGGAAAUAGUAUGGAUCAGUCUACCAGUGAUGGAGGUAGCACCUCUCCAGACCUUGAAGACUGCCUGGAUUCUCCAGUGGCACCAGACUUGAGUGAGUCUCCUGAAGAGGACAGCUCAACUUACAAAGAGCAGGAAGCUGAGUUUCAGGAGAAGCCCAUACAGAAACUUAUGACUCCCAGGGAAAGUUUCUAUAAGCGUCUUUGGAAGUUUCAUCAAGAAGCUGCCAGUUCUGAAGUCUUGCACUCCUUAGAAGAAGACAUGAAGCAGAACUGCUACUCGCCAUGUGAAUUUGGAUGGGCCAAAAGAGAGACACAUGACAGUGACAAUGAAUGGGAAGACUUGGAGGAACUAGAGGAAGAGAAGGAAGAAAAGGAAGAUUGCACUAGGGAAAUGGAGAUCUUUGUGACUUUGACAAAGUCAGAGAACAACCGUUAUGGAUUCUCUGUAGUUCUUAACAAAGUGGACACCUGCCUGUAUGUUGAUGAAAUCUUGAAUGAGCCUGCCCUGUCUGAUGGAAGGCUAAGAAGGGGAGACAGAAUCAUUAUGGUGAAUGGAAUUGAUGUCACAUCUUUACCAUGCAAUGAAGCCCUGACUUUACUGCAAAGCUCUCCUCCUGAUCUGCACCUUGUGGUUGGUCGUGCCGACAGUGAUCUGCGUCCCUCUGUUAGGCCAGAUGAGAUUCCUGAAAUUACUCUCACGAAAGGUGCCAAUGGACAGCUAGGAUUGAAGCUGACAGGAGGAGCUGGAAGCAAGUUACAAGGUAUCUAUGUGCUAGAGAUAGUGCCUGGCUCUCCUGCCAGUGUGGAAGGCAGUUUGCAGCCACGAGAUCAGAUUGUUUACAUCUGUGGACUGUGGACUGAGGGCAUUAGCCUGGAUGAUGCAGUGAGAGUGUGUGAAGCUGCCACCCAGAAUGUCCAAAUCAAAGCCACAAGAAAUGGCAAUCCAGUGGUUCCUAUAAAGCAGGAAAAUAAGGAACAUUUGGAGGAAACAAACUGUGGUGCUCAGCAAAACACUCCCAGUUCUCCGGAAUGUAUGGACUUCAUUAUUAAGAUUGAGCUGGAAAAAGCAGAAAAUGGAAGCCUAGGAUUUGCACUGGUAGGUGGAAGAAAUGGCAGGGCUAUCCUAAUAAAAGCCAUCAGCCCGGACAGCAUUGCAGAUCUAGAUGGGAGGCUUCAAGUUGGUGACAUCCUGCUUAAGGUGAAUGAGACUUUCGUGUCUGGUCUGCCACGCCAAACAGUUAUAGAUUUGCUGCGCAAGGCUCGAGGCACUGUUCAACUCACUGUCUGCCGAAGCACGGCUUUGCAUUGGGCUUAUUCAGGCAAUCAGAGCAACAGUAUACUUUCCCCCCCAAACACAAAAGCAGACCCUGAUAGUGCUGAGGGAAGCCUGCAAGCUCAGCCUGUUUUCACUUUCAAGGAAGAAGAAGAAUCCAACCAGAUGUGCACCAAGGAUCCAAAAAGUACACACAAUUCCCCUCUGCAAGGUCAGCUGGCUGGACAAGACUAUAAGGGUAUCAUCAGUAACAUUUCAGACAGGUCACAGAAAUACGCAGAAUGUGAAGGCUGCAGAAGAGGGAGUCAGCAGUCUGAGUCAGACAGCUGGAACAAUGAAGAUGAUGAUAUGCCCCACAGGAUUUCCGUUCUACCUAGAAGCAGAACCUUUGCUUCUGGAGAUGAACUGACUCAGUUAAUUAACUUUAAACCAUCACUGACUGGAGUAGGUCCAAGGACUGGCAUCACAGGUCUUAUUCGAGGCCUUCAGUUGCGGAUUGAGAAUCAAGAGGUGUUAAAGGAGUUUAUGGCUUUAGAACAUGUGAAACCAAUAGAUGACUGCAGAACUGGCAAAGCACCAGAAAACCAGGAUAAAAACAGAUACCGAGAUAUUCUUCCAUAUGAUAAGACACGAGUUCCUCUGGGAGAAAAGAAUGGCUACAUUAACGCAAGUUACAUUAGAAUGAAAGUUGGAGAAGAGGAACAUUUCUAUAUUAUAACCCAAGGGCCUCUGCCAUCCACUAUGGCUGAUUUCUGGCAAAUGGUCUGGGAGAGUGAAUCAGAUAUGAUUGCCAUGAUGACAAAAGAAGUGGAGCUAGGGCAAGUCAAAUGUCAUCGAUACUGGCCUGAACCUCCCCAUGACUCUAUAGACCUGGCUAAUUUCUAUCUCAGGCUAGACAAUUACCAGAUUCUGGAGUACUUCAUAAUUAGAACAAUAGAAAUGAUCAACAAGCAGACAGAAGAGAAGCGCAUUAUAAGUCAUUUGCAGUUUACCACUUGGCCAGACCACAAUACUCCCAAACUGGCUGAGCAGCUUGUAAAAUUUAUUUGUUACAUGAGAAAAGCUCACAGUACAGGACCUAUUGUUGCUCACUGCAGCAGUGGCAUUGGAAAAAGUGGAGUUCUGCUGUGUGUUGAAGUUCUGCUCAGCUAUAUAGAAAAAGAUUUAUGCUUCAACAUCAAGCAGAUAGUGAGAGAUUUGAGAGAUCAGCGUUUUGGCAUGAUCCAAACUAAGGAUGAGUAUUUGUUCUGUUACAAAGUUGUACUGGAAGUCCUUCAGAACCUUCAAGCAAUGGAUUCCUACUGA